CGAGAUUCGGACAAGAGUGUGUGUAGCUUUGGUCCGACUCCUUCAAUUGUUCGUGUUCUCCUCCGUCAUUACUUUCGGUGAAUCGCCACUCUCUCUUCCUCUUCCUCUUCGUCUUCCUCGUCUUUGGGUUUCAAUGGCCGAUCUCGAAGCUCCUCAGAGUAAGACGAGAGACCUCGACAAGCUUCUUCUCAGAGCAGGGAAUCUCGUCGGGCCGGACUUCUAUCCCGGAGCCGAACUGAGGGAUGACAUAAGAGACUAUGUCAGAAUCUUAGUGGUUGGUGCUGGUGGAUUAGGUUGCGAGCUCCUCAAGGACUUGGCUCUUUCAGGGUUUCGUAAUCUUGAUGUGAUUGACAUGGAUCGCAUCGAGGUCACCAAUCUCAAUCGCCAGUUCCUCUUCAGGCUUGAAGACGUUGGAAAGCCUAAGGCGGAGGUAGCAGCAAAGCGUGUGAUGGAGAGAGUGAGUGGAGUGGAGAUUGUGCCGCAUUUUUCACGUAUAGAAGACAAAGAGCUUGACUUUUAUAACGAUUUUAAUAUCAUUGCUCUUGGUCUUGAUUCCAUUGAAGCUAGGAGAUACAUCAAUGGUGUAGCUUGUGGCUUUCUUGAGUACGAUGAAGAUGAUACCCCGAGAAGAGAAACAAUCAAGCCGAUGGUAGAUGGAGGAACAGAAGGUUUCAAGGGUCAUGCUAGAGUUAUCGUCCCUGGAGUUACGCCCUGUUUCGAGUGCACGAUUUGGCUUUUCCCACCUCAAGUGAAGUUUCCUUUGUGCACUCUUGCGGAAACACCUAGGAAUGCAGCUCACUGCAUUGAAUACGCUCAUCUCAUUAAGUGGCAUGAGGUUCAUGGUGGAAAGUCCUUUGAUCCUGAUGAGCCAGAACAUAUGAAGUGGGUCUAUGAUGAGGCUAUCAAGAGAGCCGAGCUUUUUGGAAUUCCAGGUGUCACAUACUCUCUCACACAAGGUGUGGUGAAAAACAUUAUUCCGGCGAUUGCAUCCACCAACGCUAUUAUAUCAGCAGCUUGUGCCUUAGAGACCUUGAAGAUUGUGUCUGGAUGCAGCAAAACACUUGCAAACUAUCUUACGUAUAACGGUGGAGAGGGUCUCCACACGAAAGUGACUGAGUUCGUGAGAGACCAAGACUGUCUUGUAUGUGGUCCAGGCAUUCUGAUUGAGCUGGACACAUCAAUUACUUUGCAAAAGUUCAUUGACAUGCUUGAAGAACAUCCGAAGCUACUAUUGUCGAAAGCAAGUGUCAAACACGGCAAAGAUAGCCUGUACAUGCAGGCGCCUCCGGUUCUAGAAGAAAUGCACAGACCAAACCUAAGCAAGCCGCUCUAUGACCUCAUGGGAAGAGUCCAGAAGGACACUGUCCAUGUGUUUGGCACAGGACUCAAGAACGAAGAGAAACAUUCAAGCUUAACGAAGCUAAGGGUUGUUUUCAAAGGAGCUGAUGGUGUUACAGACAUGGAUACAGCUAUUGGAGCAUGAAUUGUGAGAGAGAAACAAUCCUUUGAUCGCAGCUAGAUCCAUUAAAAGAUAAUUGGACAGCUUUGACUUGUCCCGUUCUUAUUAUUGGUUCUGUCGUUAAUAGCUGUGACAGCAAAUUCUUAAUGCGUGACGGAAAUAAAAAUGUUUCACUCCAAC